AUGUUCCGUAGCGCCGGCGAAGCGGUUUCUCGCCGGCGCUGGGUUCUCAUGUCGGCGCUGCUUGUCUCUCCUACCUUUGUUCUCCUGCUCUUCUUCUUCACUGUGUUUCCGGCCUGUUUCUCUUUGAUUUUCGGAGGAAUGAGAUCUCAACGGACUUCAACUCGAAGACGAGUGCUUCGGUUCUUUGGCGUAGUCUUUCUGGCGACUCUUUCACUCCGAUUGGUCUCUGAUUCGGUGAUGCGUCGAGAGGGCUCUCUCACCACCGCUCUGUUUAGGUUCACGGCGAGUAUUCCCGUCGAAUUUACCUCUGGCUGCCGUAGGUCAAGUCAUGAUGUCGACUCUGUCCAAGCCAUUAAACCGCCUAUGGAGCUCAAUUUUCAACCGACGAGCUCUCUCUUUCCAUUUUUGGGAAGACCUGAGCCCAACAUCUCACCGUGGUUUGCUCCUUUCCAGUCAUACAACACCAGAUCUACAAGUUUCACGAGAGUAGAUCCGAACUUCAUCGGCAGCUCUUCAUUAUCUCCACUGCUCAAAGUGAAGCCAUUUUCCCCGGCGUGUAUCCUCUCCAGCGACUGUACGGUUCAUCUCCGGCGUAGCUUAUCCGGUGUCUUCUCUUCCGAUACCGGGGUACAGUCCAGAUCCGUCGCGUUUCUUUCCAGUUCGACAGCAAAGUGUGAGCUGUCUGUUCAGUUUGAUUGGGCCUGGCCCAUAUGUGUUACAAAGUCUGGAAGUUCAAGUUUAAAUGUUCUAGAGCCCAUAAGUAUUGAAAUAAUGAUCAGAUCUUUAUUGAUUUUUGAUGGCUGGGUUAUUGUGUACGAGAUUUCCAGCUUCUCUCGUUGCAUAUUGCCAUAUUUCUCCUAUGGGAUGAUUUUACAGCAAAGCUUUGUUCUGUCUCCAAGUAUGACUGCUCCAUCCAAACCGGAGCUACCUUUGUCUCCUGCGGCUCUUUCACCAACGGCUCCACCCAAAAUACAUUUGGAAAGGAAAUGAUGUUGCUAGAGUUGGUAAUCUCUGUCGAUCCCUCUCUCUUGGUGUCUCUGUCUCUUUCUCUCCAUCUAUGUUACAAAAUCUCCAAAUCACUUGUCUUUUACGAACCCUAAAACUUUAAUCCUCGCAUUUUCAGGUUAAUGUUCUCUAUGUUUGGUCGGGUUUAUAGAUUUAGUUUGGGUCGGGUUCUUAAGUUUUUAUUCAAGUUCUUGUUAAUUACCGAUUGACCCCAUUA